AUGGAGCCUCUGUUUGGUGUUCUGCUGGGUUUGACUCUGGUGGGAGCUUCAUCAGCACACAACAACUGUACCUGCGCGACCAACAAGUGGGCGGAAUGUGCUGAGGACGGAUCUGGCAACUGCACCUGCACGCUGGUAGGUUCCAAUCACAAGGUAGACUGUUCAACACUGACUUCCAAAUGCUUGCUGAUGAGGGCAGAAAUGACGCCCCUGAAGGAGAAGCGCUUCCAGGGCCGUCCCCAUGGGCUGUUAGAUAACGAUGGCAUUUACAAUCCAGACUGCAAGGACAGUGGUGUCUUCACAGCCAGGCAGUGCAACCAAACUGACACUUGCUGGUGUGUGAACACUGCCGGCAUCAGAAGAACGGAGAAGGGUGACAAAAGCCUGAGUUGUCGUGAACUGGUUAGAACAAGCUUGAUCUACAUUCAAAUGAAGCACAGAAAAAGGUCCAGUGCCUUCGAUGUUCCUGCCUUGGAAAACACCCUGAAGCACCUGUUUGAGAGUCGAUACAAACUGCACCCCAAGUACAUCACUCGUAUCAAGUACGAUUGCCCGCUUAUCCAAAUCCACCUGAGCCAGAGUGGCUCCGAGAAGUCUGGGUGUGAUGCAGAUAUCGCCGACGUAGCCUAUUACUUUGAAAAAGACGUAAAACAUGACUCCGUGUUUCAUUCUAACAGUACAUUAAUCGUUUCUGUCAAUGGAGAUACUCUGGAUAUUGAAAAAAUAAGGAUUUACUAUGUUGAUGAAAAGCCACCAGAGUUUUGCAUGAGCCAACUGGCUACUGGCAUCAGUGCUGUGGUGACAGUGGUGGUACUGACUGCUGCCUUUGGCAUCACUCUGCUGCUCAUUCUGAGGUGGCUGCGGACAAGAAAAUACGAGAAAGUUGAGAUCAAAGAAAUGGGUGAAAUAAAAGCCCCAAGCGUACAGCUGCCCUAA